AUGACAGAACGAGAAAAUGGAGGGAUUGCCGACAAGGCUCUUCAAUUAGUUCUCGAGAUGAAACGAAAUCCAGACAUUCUUCCACCUUAUAAUGUGAGUUUUAAAUUUUUCUUCAAAAAAUCAGAAAAAAACUCAUUUUUAGGCAGAACUCGUUCGAAGCUGCCUUCACAAAAUAGACGAAUUGUACAAAUUGAAUGCCGAUAUUGUGUAAGUAUCGAAAAAUGUUUGAAAGAAAUGAAAGUUUUAUGUUUUUCAGAGCUGAAAUGAGAGCAGGGAAGCAAAACGAUUACUCAUUAUUACAACCAAGGAUUGUAGCUAUGUAUCAUAUUAGAGUAAGUUGAAACUGAAGUUUUUUGAAUUUAAUUUGAUAAUGAUAUUUAACAGAGAUGUUUAUGUGCUUAUAUAAAUGCGAGAAAAGAUCGCAUUCGAAGUUUUAGAUGGAAAUAUGGAGGAGCACUUCCAUCAUCAAUUAGGGUUAGUUUUUCACAUCUUCAAAGCUUUUUUCGCAAAAAAUCAUUUCAAAUUUUUAGAAUGCCCUUUGUGAAGCUGAAAUCGAAUUUUUCAAUGAAUAUUCUAGUACAUUGGCAAGAUUUCAAGGAAGUCUUGGUGAUAAUGGUGUAAAUUUACUGUUACACGUCGAACCACCAAAAUCAUUAUUUGUUCAAGUUCGAGCAUUGGAAAAUUAUGGAGAUUUCGAAACUUCUGAUGGAACUCUUGUUGUUCUAAUGAAAGAUAGUUUGGUGAGUGAUUUUUUGAAACAGACAAUUUUUUUCAAAUAAGUCGUAAAACAAAUAUUUUCCUAAUUUUUCAGCACUCGCUUCCCAGACAAGACUGCGAGAUGUUAAUCCGCCAAGGAAUUCUUGAAAUUGCCAACUAA